UUGCAUCAGCAUGCUUUAUUCAACACUCCUCGCGAUCCCUGCGUUCGCAGCUACCGCUUUCUCGGCGCAGCUCACGCAAGUUACAAACUACAACAACAAUGCAAAAGCGAAACCAGGCAUGUGGGUCUACGUCCCAGACAAAAUCCAAACCGACGCCCUCGUAGUAGCAAUCCACUCGUGCCAAUCGAGCGCGCAAAAAUACUUCGCCAACUCCAAGAUCCCAUGGCACCAAGGCUCCGAUCGCAAAGGCUACGUGACGGUCUGGCCAUCUUCAACAACCGAGUGCUGGGACGUCUCCAGUAAAGCGAGUCUAAGCCAUGAUGGUGGAGGCGAUAGCAACGCGAUCGCGAACAUGAUCAAGUACGCGAUCACGCAGUAUAAGAUCGACCCGAAGAAGGUGUAUGUUACUGGGGGAUCUAGCGGUGCAAUGAUGUCGAAUGUUCUCGCAGCAACGUACCCCGACCUCAUCUCCGCCAUCUCCCUCUACUCGGGCGUACCUGCGGGAUGUUUCGUCUCGGCGUCCGGAGCGGCAGCGGCGUGGAACAACACGUGCUCGGGCGGACAGUCGACGGCUUCGGCGCAGAAAUGGGGCGAUGUCGUCAGAGGCAUGUAUCCGAGCUACAAUGGCACGAGACCGCGGAUGCAGAUCUGGCAUGGCUCGGUCGAUGGGACGCUGUCGCCCAAGAACUACGACGAAACCAUCAAGCAGUGGACUAAUGUGUUUGGGGUGAGUGGCACGCCGACGAGCUCCAAGCCCGAUACCCCGGAGCGGAAUUAUAGGAUGGAUGAUUUUGGAGGGAAUGUGGAGGGGAUUUGGGCGGUUGGGGUUGGGCAUUCGGUGCCGUCACAUUUGGAUGCUUCUGAGGCCUGGUUUGGGUUGUAG